GCAAACUGUCCGCUCGGUGGCGUAAAACUGCCGCGAAAGGACUCACUCGCGGCAGUGUUUUGCUAAAGUCCUCCUCGGCUGAUAGCAAACGCAUCACGUUUAGACCGCUAGCUUUCCAUUUCUUUCGCAGCUCGCGCGUUUCAGGUGGACGUCGUCCGGACACGUGUUGGCCGCCAGCGGAGCUAUGAAGAUGAGGAAGCGACCGAACAUCCUGCUAACAGGAACCCCUGGUGUUGGAAAGACCACUUUGGGGAAGGAGCUGGCCCAGCGGACAGGACUGACUUACGUCAACAUAGGAGACCUGGCUAAAGAUGGUCAGCUUUAUGAUGGCUAUGACGAGGAGUACCAGUGCCCGAUUUUGGACGAGGACGGGGUGGUGGAUGAGCUGGAUGAAAAGAUGGUCGAAGGCGGCAUGAUCAUCGACUAUCACGGCUGCGACUUGUUCCCCGAGCGCUGGUUCCACAUCGUCUUUGUCCUGCGCACGGACAACACCCAGCUGUACACUCGGCUGGAGAACAGGGGCUAUGCGGGGAAGAAGCUGCAGGACAACGUGCAGUGCGAGAUCUUCCAGACCAUUUACGAGGAGGCCAUGGAGGCCUACAGCGAGGAGAUUGUCCACCAGCUGCCCAGCGACACUCCCGAGGACCUGGAGCGCAACCUGGAGCAGCUGGUUCAGUGGACCGAGCAGUGGAUGAAGGACAACAACUAGAUGCCGACCUCUGGCCGGGCCGGGGGUCACCGGCAGGACUGUCACAACCAUAUUAUGACAAUUAAAAAAAGAAUGGAAUUGAUAGUAUUUUCCAACCUGCAUAUAUUUUCAUAGUCGUGGUGAUGCGAUCGCCUCUAGCUACUUGAAAUGGUUGAUGGAAUCCACUAAUGAGCACUUCCUGACAACCAGCUGACUGAUCACCCGUCACAGGACUUUGAUCCAUUGCAAUUAGCAUUGAGUCAAAGCACUCAUGUUGUGCUGCAUUCAUGUCAUUUUCUAUAAAUAAAUGGCCACUGGGGAUUGUUGUCCUAGUGAGAACUACAUGGUA